AUUUUACAUUGUAUCUUACGGGGAAAGUGAUAUAAAUCAUCUGGUCUUCUUAUUUUCAAUAAUACAAGUGCAGACUGACAGUGGAUUAGAACUGCAAUUACAUAUAUUGAAAUCAAACAGAGCCAGUUAAUCGAGUGUCAAAUAAUGGUGUGAAAAUAUUAAACCAUAACAACGUUUUGUGUGAUACUGAAACAAUGAUGACAGCAGUGAUGACACCGUGAUUCUGUAGUUGGCUCACGUGUCCAUUUGCCGGUUGCGUUUGAUGCAGUACAUAAUUCUCUUUUAAAAAAUGGCAAAACAAUUGAGCGACCAAAUUUUAGAUUAUUUAGCCGAACACGGGAAAGUCAGUUCUCUGACUCUUGCGGAUAUUUUUAAAGAAAAUCAUCAGAAAAUAAUCGGAGCGAUUAAAAGCCUGGAAUCAAUCGGUGAUUUAAUUACAUCGCAGCAAAUAAACGAGAAAAAGUGGGAAUUAACAUCGGAAGGUCAGCACGUGGUAGAUCAUGGGAGUCAUGAAGCAGCAGUGUAUAAUGCUAUUCCCGACGAUGGAGUACCUCAACCUGAAAUCAUGCAAAGAGUUCCAUUUGCAAAAAUUGGAUUUUCGAAAGCAUUGCAGGCUGGUUGGGUUGAAAUUGACAAAAGCAGUGGUACAGCUAUUAUAAAAAAGAAAGUAGAAUUUAUCGAGGAUACGACGCAGAAUCAUCUAAAAGAUUUAGAAAGUCUGACUGAUCGUCUUAAAAAUGAUUAUAAGAAAAGAAAACUCAUUCAAGAAGUUGUUAUAAAGUCGAUCUCAGUGGGGAAAGGUCCAAAUUUUACGACAAAAGUUGAAAAGUUGGAAACAGAGCUGACUGCAGACAUGAUAAUGAGCGGUGCUUGGAAAACUAAGAAGUUCAAGCCAUAUAAUUUUUCAGCAAUGGGCUCUGCUCUUGAUGUAGGUCAUUUGCACCCUCUGUUAAAAGUUAGAAGCGAAUUUAGGAAAAUAUUCCUUGAAAUGGGUUUCACGGAAAUGCCAACAAACAAUUUUGUUGAGAGCUCUUUCUGGAACUUUGAUGCUCUGUUUCAACCUCAGCAACACCCAGCUAGGGACUCUCAUGAUACCUUUUUCAUAUCUGAACCAUCUCGCACUACAAAUUUCCCAGAAGAUUAUUUAGAAAAAGUGAAAAAAGUACAUAGUGAGGGAGGAUACGGAUCUAUAGGUUAUCGUUACAACUGGAAAUUGGAGGAAGCACAGAAAAAUCUACUUCGUACUCAUACAACUGCUGUCAGUGCUAGGAUGCUCUACAAGCUAAUGGAAACGGGCGAAUUUAAACCAGUGAAAUAUUUCAGCAUCGAUAGAGUAUUUCGUAAUGAAACAUUGGAUGCCACGCAUCUUGCGGAAUUUCACCAGAUCGAAGGCGUAGUUGCUGAUUACAAUCUUACACUGGGUGACUUGAUAGGUGUACUGUACGAAUUUUUUAAGAAGCUUGGAAUCACGCAACUCGAAUUUAAACCUGCGUAUAAUCCAUAUACCGAGCCGAGCAUGGAAAUUUUCUGUUACCAUAAUGGUUUACAAAAAUGGAUAGAAAUUGGUAACAGCGGAAUGUUCCGACCAGAAAUGCUGUUACCGAUGGGUUUACCCAGCAACGUACGCGUAAUUGCUUGGGGAUUGUCUUUAGAAAGGCCGACUAUGAUUAAAUACGGAAUAAAUAAUAUACGAGAUUUAGUUGGAUCGAAAGUGGAUAUGGAAAUGGUUUAUAACAAUCCUAUUUGUCGAUUAAACAAGAUCAGUAAUAUGCCUUUGCAGAAGAAGAGGUCCGAUGACCAAAAACAGGAGAAAUCCACUCUGCAAGAAUCGGCAAAGCAUGAAACCGUGCCUUGUGCGUUUGAGUGUACAGGAAUAUUCGAAAAACAAAAACUUAUAGUCUUUUGCGAUCCGAAACAUCCAAUGAAGUUCCUGGAACCGUUGCUUCGCAUCGUGAAACCCUAUAUUAAAAUAUUUGUACAAACAUUUGUGCACUCGACAGUUCAAGAUUGCCCAAAAAAUCUUUUAACUUUUGGUUCAGAAUACCAAGAGAAAAACGAGAACGUCGAUAUGCAUUUAACAAUCAUUUGGAAAGAUGUCGGAGUCGAUCCAAUAAUGCAAUUACCGGGAGCGCAACAAAUAUCAGGAGCGGUGAACGUAGCGAGAUAUUUAAAUCGUGUGAUCGAAAGAUACAAUCCAGAAUUGUUGCGCUACGAGAGCAACGGGGUGUUAUAUGCAAAUCGAGUAGACUCUUAUUUAGAAAAGAUGCAUAAUAUGUUGCAUUCGAAUGCGCCUCAUGGUAUUCGCAAGACGUCACGCUACGUAAUGGGCGAGCACGUGUCUCUCGUUGAUAUCCUUUUGGAUACCUUGGAAAAGUCCGAAUAAUUCAAAUAAAUUCAAAGGACUGUACAAUUUUGCCAACAAAUUUUGUAUUCUUAUACGUAAGAUGUACGAUACCGUUGACUCUAAUACAACUAAAAGAGAAAGGAGCAAAAUAUAAAAAGUGAUCUAGGAUUCACAGAUUACUUGUAAUUGAUAUAAUUUGCGUUAUUUUGUUUUCUAUUGUGUUUUUUUUUUCCUCCAGAUCGUGAUGCGCUGUUUGUGAGAAUGCAUCAUUGUUGCAAAUGAGGAGAUACAGACUUGUGUCAAUGAUUGUAUGUGUGUAUGAAUGCCAGCAACAGCAUUGUCGGUUGCUAGGCUUUUGCGUGAUCCAAUGCUUGGAGAGUGCGCCAGUGUAUAUGCAACUGAUGCGUGCCUGUGUACAACGGUUUGCCUGACUCUAGGCGCCUAACCAUUGGAAGGUUACGAAUUGUAUUUCAAUUCGUAAAGGUGAAUUCUCUUACAAUCUUCCCUUUACACUUUAUGCAAUACUUUGUUCAUAUGAAGACAAUUGAAUAUGUCUUUUUAACACGCAAACUACUAAAAAUUUAGAUGACUCACAACCAAGUAUUUAUUUAGAGAAGUAGUUUCUUACAGAAUUGUUAUGUUUACUUGAAAGAAGAUCUCGAGGUUUCCCUUGCUGUAGCGCGAUAAUACCGAAGACUAUCAAUCAAUUUCUAUUCAGUGGCGAAAUUGUUAAGAACAUACAACGCGAAAUUCUUCGAAUAGUUGUUUAAUACUUCUAGUUUCGUGUAUGGACAUAAAUAUUUUUAUAAGCGCAGCGAUGGACACAAGGAAUGCUAAAUAAAUUAAUUUUUCGUUCUUCUA